AUGGUGCUCCGCGACCCGCCAGCUCAGCACCUCCUCGCCGCGGCCGCGGUGGGGCGCCUGCACCGCUGCGUCGACGAGCGGUCGCUGCCGCGCGCCGACCUGGCGCUCGCGCUGACGCUGCAGCUGCUGCAGCUCGGGGCAGACGCGCGGCGGCAGCUGCGGGACCGGCGGUACGCGCUGCCGGCGGCGCCGGCGCGCCAGCUGGCGGCGCUGUGGCCUCAGGUGGUGGACGUGCUGGCAGAAGCUGCGCUGGACCCAGCGCCGGGGGACGAGGAGCGCGAGCGGCGGCACUGCAGCGAGGAAGGGUGGCAGGAGCUGCUGGCCGGCUACAAGGCGGACGAGGUCGUGCGCAAGGUGCUGCAGAUGCUCGUCCUGGACCGCCUGUCAUCCCACGACCUGGUCACCGCGCGGCUGCUGCUGACGCUCAUGCGCGACUCCAGCCACUGGGCCUUCCGCAGCGCGCUGCCAGAGUACGCGCCCUUCGCCUACUCGCUCGCGGGCGAGCUGCAGGACCUGGUGCGCUGCGGCGCCCUGCACCCGGGCGGCUCCUUCUGGGCGCUGGCCUUCGAAGGUGUCCUGCUGCAGCUGCUGGACGCGCACAGCCAGGUGCACAGCGAGUGCCUGCGCCUGCUGCUGCUGGUGGCGAAGGACCUGCCGGGCGAGGCCCUGGGCGCUCACCUGGAGCACAUGCUGGCCGCCACGCGCGAGAGCAGGGCCACUGCCCGGCACCGCAAGCACAAGUACCACGAACGGGAGGCGCGCGCCCGCCGCGAGGCGGAGGAGUUUGAGCAGCUGGCAGGGGACUACCUCUUCAGCGCCGGCGGCGGCGGCCUGCAGAGUGAGUGGAGCGACGGCUUCCGCGCGGUGCGCAGCCUCAAGUACGGCACUGACGAGAACUUCUCCGACCUCUACAAGAAGGUCAUGUUUGUGGGCGGCCUGCAGGAGGCGGCGCUGCCCGAGGCGGUGCGCGCGUUCCUGCGGGAGAGCCGCGACGAGCGCGGCGGGCAGCAGCGCAGGGGGCGCGCGAGCGGCGGCGGCGGCGGGCGUGGCGGCAUGGACGGCCUGGGAGGCCACGGAGGCGGCAGCGAUGAGGACGGCGCUCCGGGCGGCGUCCGUGAUGGAGGCGAUGAUGAUGACGCUUGA